CAGAUCACCCCAUCCAUGCCUGGGAGGGGGCAGGGGAUACCCUGGGAGGCCUCAUCCAUCUACCGUAAAGCUCAGCCAGGGUGCAGGGACGAGGGACCAGGUGUGCUUUGUGCCUGGCAGGGACCCCAGCACCCAGCUCAGGGGUAGAGGGCCCCCAAACUGUUGAAUAACAGGAGCAGAGGCCUGGGGGACCAACUGGUGGUGUGAGGCCCAGUGUGUGUACGGCACAAACAACGGACUGGACAAGCUGGCAGCAGGAAAAGGGGUGGGGCUAGGCUGUAGUGUUGCUGGAAAGUUUUGGCCUGGGGAGGUGUGGGGAGUGUCCUAUUCUCCCUACUUCUGGGGCAGUUCCACCCGCCUGGUUGGCCCAGCCCCUCCACUUGUGCCAAGGAAUGUGCCUGGGAGAGGCAGCCUGAAAGGCAGGCGGGGAAGCAGAGCCGCGGCCACCCGGAGGCAGCGCACAGGUCAACGUGGAGGUGUCGGGCCACCAUGCUCAGUCUCAGGCUGCCCCAACUCCUUCAAAUCCACCAGGUCCCCCCGGUGAGGGCCUCGACCCACCAAUUCCUACUCCCCAGGGGACUGACUGAGGCAGAGGUGUUCUGGGAAGAUGGCAUCAUGUCUGGCUACCGCCGCCCCACCAGCUCGGCCUUGGACUGUGUCCUCAGCUCCUUCCAGAUGACCAACGAGACGGUCAACAUCUGGACUCACUUCCUGCCCACCUGGUACUUCCUGUGGCGCCUUCUGGAGCUCGCGGGCGGCCCGGGCUUCGGAGCGGAGCCAUACCACUGGCCGCUGCUCAUCUUCCUGCUGCCCGCCUGCCUCUACCCCUUCGCGUCGUGCUGCGCGCACACAUUCAGCUCCAUGUCGCCCCGCGCGCGUCACAUCUGCUACUUCCUGGACUACGGCGCUCUCAGCCUCUACAGCCUGGGCUGCGCCUUCCCCUAUGCCGCGUACUCCAUGCCGGCUUCCUGGCUGCACGGCCGACUGCACCAGCUAUUUGUGCCCGCCGCCGCACUCAAUUCCUUCCUGUGCACCGGCCUCUCCUGCUACUCCCGGUUCCCCGAGCUAGAAAGCCCUGGGCUCAGUAAGAUUCUCCGCACAGCCGCCUUCACCUAUCCCUUCCUGUUCGACAACCUCCCACUCUUCUACCGGCUCGGACUGUGCUGGGGCAGGGGCCACAACUGCGGGCAGGAGGCGCUGAGCACCAGCCAUGGCUACCACCUCUUCUGCGCCCUGCUCACGGGCUUCCUCUUCGCCUCCCACCUGCCUGAGCGGCUGGCACCAGGACGCUUUGACUAUAUUGGCCACAGCCACCAGCUAUUCCACAUCUGUGCAGUGCUGGGCACCCACUUCCAGCUGGAGGCGGUGCUGGCUGAUAUGGGAUCUCGCCGAGCCUGGCUGGCCACGCAGGAACCCCCCCUGGGCCUGGUGGGCACGGUGGCCACACUGGGCAUGGCAGUAGCUGGGAACCUGCUCAUCAUUGCUGCCUUCACAGCCUCCCUAUUUCGGGGUCCCAGAACAUGCCCCCUGCUGCAAGGUGGCCCGCUGGAGGGGGGUACAAAGGCCAGACAGCAGUGAUCCUGCCCAUUUCUGAGCCUGCCCUGGAGGGAGGCAGAGACCACCCUGGUGCUGUAGAGGAGCCCAGACCCAGGCCUGAUAAGGUGCGGGCACAUCUGAGCCUGGAACCAAGAGUGGCUGAGGAGAGAGUGCAGAGGAAAGAAGGCAGAGGAGAGGAGAGAGGGGCUGGGGGGACGGAGGCAGCAGAGAGCAGGAGGGUCAGUGAGGGUGCUCUUGAUGGGGCUGGGGGAAGUGCUGAGGGGCUGAGAGGGGAGGCGGGUGUGUCCAGGCUGGAGCUGCCCCACCACUGUCGGAGGCUGGGAUGGGGAGGUGUUGGGGCCCUUUCAUCUGGUCCUGUUUCUGGUGCUCCUGGAAGCCUCUGCUCAGCCCAGGGAAGAACUAACCUGACUAACCUAGGCCUACCCUGAAUGCUCGUUAACCAGGUGGGGAGGCCCACUGUUGACCCCCACCCCCCUAAACCAGGCAGUACCAUCUGCUGGCAGCUCUUUGCCUGUAGAGAUGAGUCUGUCUGUCCUGGUCACAGCUAUGUGUACUCAAGGUGUCCAGGCCUUUGGGGUCUGGGUCUAUUUGGAUGUGUCACGGAUGGUGCAGUGGGUUGAGGUGGGGGAAGAGGUGCUGGGCUAGAAGGGGCAACCCUAGUUAGACUUCAGGAAGCCAGCUUCAAUGCUUCUGGAACAAGGCAGGUACAAAUAAAUCAAUCAAUCAACAAAAGACUUUAGGAAGCACUUUCUGGGAAUGAAAAA